AUGGAGCAUUAGAACACAAAAAAUGGCGUUUGUGGUACAUUUUGGGACAUGGGAUUAUGUGGUGGUAGUUUUGGUGCUAAUGGUAUCCUCUGCGAUAGGAAUUUACUACAGGUUAUCCGGGGGAAAGCAAAAAACAAUGCAAGAAUAUUUAUUGGCAGACAAAAACAUGUCAAUAGGGCCAGUGGCCUUUUCACUGAUGGCAUCCUUUAUGUCCGCCAUUACCUUAUUAGGAGUUUCCAGCGAAAAUUACAGUUUUGGCAUACAAUUCAUCGUCAUAAAUUUUUCCUAUGCAAUGUUUACACCUGUUGCCGCAUACUUAUAUUUACCGGUGUUUUUUAAAUUGCAAGCUACCAGUGCGUACGAAUAUCUGGAAAGAAGGUUUGGAAAGUUUUCGAGAACGGCAGCAUCUUUAUCAUACAGCUUACAAAUGAUUCUCUACAUGGGGGUGGUUUUAUAUGCCCCAUCUUUGGCUUUAGAGGCUCUAACGGGAAUUAAUAAAACUACCGCUAUUUUAUCUGUGGGUUUGGUGUGCACUUUUUACUCGACAAUAGGCGGUAUGAAGGCCGUUUUAAUGACGGACGUGUUUCAAUCCAUACUCAUGUUUGCUGCCGUAUUCAGUGUGAUUAUUUCCGCGUGGAUUGAUAAAGGCAGUUUGGCUGAAAUUUGGAGAAUCGCUUCCGAAAAUAACCGUACUGAGCUUUUCAAUUUUGAUCCUGACCCGACGAUUCGUCACACAUGGCUCUCGCUUAUACUGGGCGGUGGAAUAACUUUUUUGUCUCUGUAUGCGGUGAAUCAGACCCAGGUCCAGAGAUAUUUGACGGUUAAAGACCUAAAAACCGCCCAGAAAGCGCUUUGGUUGAAUUGGCCCAUACUCACAGCUCUCAGUUUGAGCACCUCGUUUUCUGGUCUGGCUAUUUACUCCAGAUAUUUUAACUGUGAUCCUGUUAAAUCUGGUGUCAUAUCCAGUGCUGAUCAAUUGAUGCCCUAUUAUGUGGUUCAUUCCAUGGGUCAUAUACCUGGACUAUCAGGUUUAUUUGUUGCUGGAAUUUUUAGUGCAUCUUUGUCCACUGUUUCUGCAGCUGUGAACAGUUUAGCUGCUGUUACCAUUGAAGAUUAUGUAAAGCCUGCAUAUAAGUAUUACAUGAAACGGCCGUUGUCAGAAGAAAAUGCCAGCUCCCAUACCAAAACAAUCGCACUAGGAUAUGGUCUACUUUGUCUGGCUAUGGCAUUUUUAGCGCAAUUUUUGGGGGGAGUUUUACAGGCUUCUCUUACGAUAUUUGGCGUCAUCGGUGGGCCACUUUUGGGGCUUUUCUCUCUGGGAAUGUUUACUCCGACGGCAAACGAAAUGGGUUCCAUAACUGGGCUGGUAAGCGGUAUGGGUAUAGGGUUAUGGAUGGCGUUUGGGCCAAAACCACCACCACCAUUUUUACCAACAAGGACUGAUGGUUGUGAGAAUUUUAUAUCGCUAAAUAGUACCUCUACACCCGCCGUCAAUGAAAGCGAUUAUUUUUGGCUGUACAGAGUAUCCUAUCUAUACAACGGCGUUUUCGGCCUAGUCUGUACACUUUUGGUGGGCUAUUUAAGCAGCAUUAUUUUUGCCAAAAUUUUCAACAUUAAACAAAAGUACCUGGAGCCGAAUUUAUUUAUUCCGCCGAUAGCUAGAAGGCUAGAAAAAAUGGUGCCUUGUACAAUACACCUUACAGAUCUGUCAGGGUCCAUAGAGAAUCUUAAAAACGGAACAAUAACUGAACGUAGAUAUUGAAAAUGUUUGUUUUAUUUAACUGUUAGUCGCAUUAUUUAUUAAAUUUAUUUAAAAAUUACUUUUAUU